AUGACAACAGUUGAGAAAAUCGAGACGCCGACAGUGGGCGGGCUGCGGAUACACGGGUGGGAAAUCAGCAGCUGCCAUUUGCCAAUCCUCAGCAACAAGGAAAUCGAGCAGUACUCGCAGGCGCUCGGGUUCAAUGUGCCCGAAAUGAUCUUUGGCAACAACUACCUGCGGCUCACACACCAGGCCACCGGCAAGGCGAUUGAGCUGCGGGCACUGGACGCGCUGCGCAUGGUGGACGUCAGCGAGCACUCGGCCAAGAGCGUGCAGGUCAGCAUUGCUGGAAACUGGAGCCAGGCGCAGAAACGCAAGGACAUCACCGACGUCAUCAAGCCGUUCGACUGGACAUACACCACACGCUACACUGGCACGCCCGCCGGCGGGCUGGCCUUCCAUGCAAGCGAUGCGGGAAUCGACUACGAUCGGCUGAAGGUGCGCGAGGACAUCCUGUUCUUCGACGAGAAUGUGCUGUACGAGGACGAUCUGGGCGACAACGGCACGUCGCAGCUGGCCUACAAGGUACGGGUGAUGGCGUCAGGGUUCUUUUUUGGAUCCGACACUGUGCUGCGCGAGACCAGCGAGCGCGAGUGCCGCGCAAAGAAGCACGACGACGAGGACCUCGCCAUGCCCGCCGCCCGCGUCCAGUGUGCGGCUGCGCGGCUGCGCUAG